CACUUACCACAACAAUGGGUUCUGCAAUCAUUAUUAAUCCACCAGCGGCGAAAGAUCUACAUUUAGAUAAUUGGUACAAUGAAAAUGAAGGAGAACUGGAACAGUUACUUAACAGAAAAACUUACAAUGAAAGUGAUCUUUUAUUCCCCAUUCCACAAAAAAAUGACACAGUUCCUAUCGCAACAGCAAUUGAAAGCCUAAAAAGUCAGAAGCCAGUGUGGAUAAAAGGCAGCCUCAGUCUACUACACCAACAUAGAAGUUUCUCAAACACAUCAUGUGCCAACUGUCAAAAAUUAAUCGAAGCAGAUGUAAACUGGAUUAUCAUAUGCCCUUUUUGCUAUACAGAAUCAGAAGUCCAACUUAUCUCCAGAGCCACAGUUCAAAUUGAUGAUGCAACUGGAUCACUCUCUGCAACAAUAUCAAAACCAGACCUUGAAAAGUUCAUUCCCUUUACACCUGAGGAAUUAAAAUAUGCAGAAGACAAUGAGAAAAGUGUUCACGAUACGAUAGCAACAUCAGUCGACUCGGUGUUACUUUUCGCAUUUGUGUGCUCGCAAAAGACAUGCCACCAGCAAGAACCAAGCACAACAUACAACAUUGUCAAAGCAUACAACAUCACACCAGCCAAGAAACCAAAAUAGAAUAGGGACGAAGGGCCCCUUUUAAAAACAUUUUGCUUUUUGAAAACCAUUUAUAAAAAAAUGGCCCAUAAUAGCCAAUGAAGCAACAUCUCACAGAUUAAAAUCUGACAAACUUUACUUUUUGUAUAUUGCUUCAAAUGCACAAAUCUAUUAAGAACUACAUAUCAAGAAGUUUUCAGUGCUUGUAGGAAGAUAAUUGCAAUAUGGCAAUAUUACUUUCUUGUGUCUCA